GAACGCAACGGUCAUUCAAUGUGAUCCACGCACGCACGCGAAAAAAAACGUAAUACAACAAAAGUAGGCAGUAAAACGAGAGAAAAGAAGCAACAAAAAGAUUAAAUAUACUGUUAUUAAAUUAUAUGAAGAAAAAUUGUAUGUACAAUUCUAAUAAUAAAUAAGAAGUACAAGUACAUCGAAAAUACGUGAAAAAAAGUAAAGUAAAGAGUUUGCAAAUAGAAAUAAAUCAUCCAUAGUGUGUGUUUUUGAUACCGUAAAGACGACGACGUUGAAUGGACUAUUGUUUAGAUUAGAUAAAAUUUUAUUAUUCGUGUACAAAUAAAUUGUAUAAAGAUCAGCAGCAACAACAAAAACUAGAGUACGAAUUUUCCUUCGUUUUAAUAAACAUCAUCAUCAUCUUGUCUUGUCUUGUGUACCGACUACUUUCAUCGCAUAGAUGUGCAAAAUAACACAGUUUUUCAAGUACAUCUAACGGAAUCCAACUUCAAUAUUGUUGCAAGACAAGUUUUGAUCUUAUUUAUUAAUUCCAUUCGAGGUGCAGUCGACUUUUCUUUCAUUCAAUUUUUCUUUGCACUAAAUAUUCAGUCGUGGAAUAGAAACUUUCAAACUGCACAUCAACACUUUUUUUAUUUUAAAUAAGAGGCUUAAGUUCACGUGUGACAUGUCAACCACACUUUUUUUGCACUAAACUUGUAACAUAUACCAAUAAGUAAACGGGGCUGUGUGUGUUUAAAAAAUAAUAAGCUAAUAUUAUUUUUGAGUGUUUGAAAAAAAAUAAAUAAAAGUUACAAUGCCAUUAUUUCACAAGAAAUCCACAAAGGCAAAUAUACAAACGCCCCCUCCUGCAUAUGAAAAUAAUAAUAUGAGUGCAGUAAACAACCAUCAGCAGCACCAACAAAAGAGUGUUCGGUACCAAGAACAACAUCAUCUCCCACAUCAUCCGAUUUCGCCACCGCCAGCGUAUUCAAAUUGUCAAUCGGUCGUCGAGGCGGCAAUCCCGAGGCCGCAGCUCAUCUUCCAUUGCCAACUUGCGCAAGGCAGUCCCACGGGACUCAUUACCGGAUUUGCGAGUGUCAAGGAGUUGUACCAGAAAAUUGCCGAAUGCUAUGAUUUUCCGGUUGAUGAGAUCCUCUUUUGCACUCUUAAUACCCACAAAGUUGACAUGGCAAAACUCUUGGGUGGGCAAAUUGGGUUAGAUGACUUUAUUUUUGCACACAAAAAAGGUCGACCAAAGGAAAUUGAGAUCAUCAAGAGUGAAAAUGCGCUCGGACUGACAAUCACAGAUAAUGGAGCCGGCUAUGCUUUUAUUAAACGAAUCAAAGAAGGCAGUAUCAUCGAUAAGAUUCCGCAUAUUCAGGUUGGAGAUCACAUCGAGAAGCUGGAUGGCGUGAAUGUUGUCGGGAAAAGACAUUACGAAGUGGCGCGCAUGUUGAAAGACAUUCCAGUGGGAGCGACCUUUACUUUACGAUUAGUUGAACCGUUGAGAAGUGGAUUUAGUGGCAUUGCACCGAGAAUUGGAGGACCAAAAUCCGGCAAAAAGGGAUAUGGAAGCGGAAAGGAAACACUGAGAUUUAAGGCGAACGGAAAUGCAGCCAUAGAAAAUGAGUUUGAUGACGUCACACAGGAAGGAAUAGAUGCCAUAAACGUCCUUCUUGACUCUUUCAUGGGAAUUAAUGAUACAGAGUUAGCUACUCAGAUUUGGGAAUUAGGUGCCAAUAAGACAAACUCGAUGGAUUUCGCAGAGGCCGUUGACGCAUCAGACCUGGAAGCAUUUGGAUUCACCGACGACUUUAUCAUUGAAUUAUGGGGAGCCAUCACGGAUGCCCGGCAAGGCAGAUUGAAAUGAAGGCUUUUACUAGUUUAACAUUUAAAAAUUUUAACUUAUCAUUCCUUUCUUUCAUUAUUCGUUAAAAAUUGAUAAUUAUUUUAUGGUAUUUUAAUAUUAAAUAACGAGAAAAGCAAAACAAAGUCAAUAUAUUAUAUUAUAUUUUAAACGACAAAAAAAGAAAUGUAAAUAAAUAAAAGUAUUCAAUUUUAU